CUGCUCCUUGCCGGAAAUCGGCUGCUCCCGGUGUACCAGAAAAAGGUGUCUCAGCCGCUGGACAAGGCUGCUUCCGGCCAGGUUCUGUUCGGCCUGCUUCAGUCACGGAGGAGCUCGAUCCUGACUCGCCGGCAACUGGUGGCUCUCCGGCGCUGUGAAUGGCUCGCCUCGUCGCUGGUGGCGUUCGAAUCGCCGGCGUGCGCUGGCCUUCUCGCCGUCGGGCUGAUGCUACUCGUAUUCGCCUGGAAUCUGGAGCCUUUGAUCGCCGGCGGAGCUUGGCACGUUGAGGGGACUUGGAAUAUUCUGGGACUUUGA